ACAAUCGAUUACUUUAUAUAAUUGUAACUGUAGUGAUAAAAUGAAUUGUUAUUGCUCAAGUAUUAUCCUAACAAAACAUGACUAUUUUGAUGUCCCCUAUUUCCUCGUUUUGGUAGUAGCCAUGAAGCCAGCUGGAGGAAGAGCUUGAGGGCUCUGAGUCAUCUGUCGAAAUGCAUGUGUUGCUUCUAAAAGAACCAAGAGAGGGAGGCUCUGGACCAGAUCCUUACAUCAAGGAGCUGGCAUCCCGUGGACACAAAGCAACCUUAAUUCCUGUGUUGUCUUUUACAUUUGUUUCCCUGAACACUUUGUCAGACAAGCUGUUGUCUCUACUACUACAGCUGUUCCAGCCAGAACAACAUGGCGGGCUGAUUUUUACCAGCCCGAGGGCGGUGGAGGCAGUCAAAAUGUGUCUUGAAGAUGAUGAAAGAACGGAACAGUGGAACAUGGACAUUAAAGACAAAUGGAAUGCCAAGUCCAUCUAUGUUGUUGGGAAGGCUACUGCUGCGUUAGUGGAAAACCUAGGUCUGGUCCCCCUGGGAGAGGACACUGGGACUGCAGACGUUCUCUCGCGCCUCAUCCUUGAACGAGAGGAUGCCAAUAUAUUACCUCUUCUCUUCCCCUGUGGUUCCAUUAAAAGAGAAGUUUUACCUUCUGCUUUGAGGGAAAACGGUGUUCCUCUAGACACACUGAUGGUUUAUCAGACAGCUCAACAUCCAGACCUGGAGAAGAACCUGGAGAAACAUUUUACAGAGCAGGGUGUUCCAGCCAGCGUUGCUUUCUUCAGCCCGUCGGGAGUCAGUUUCUGUUUGGAAACAGUGAGGAGACUGUCAGGUGAACAACUUAUGCAGAUAAAGUUUGCGGCCAUAGGACCCACCACAGCAGAGGCCAUGACGGCCGAGGGGCUCUCGGUCAGCUGCUCAGCAGACAAACCGACAGCUGAGCACCUAGCCACAGGGAUAGCGAAGGCUCUACAGUGACAGACUUGACGAGACGGACCGCAAACCAACCCGAAAAACUUGAUCCGUCCCCCAUCACGUUCUCAUUCAGCCUCUGUGAAAAAGGAUUGUGGUGUUGCAUUCUUUGUGAUUGAUUUAUCUCUGUGAAGUAUUUUCUGUUAUUUGUGGGGUUUUAUGUCCUAUUUUGAUCGCGGAUAACCAUCUGUGUAUUUAUUAUAUUGUCAUGUGUUGUUGUGCACCACAGAGAUAUUGUAAUGCUUUAUGCCUAUUUGUUGACACUGAAUGUAUCAUGCUCUUAUAAACUUGUGAAUACACUGA